AUGUUCUAUUGUAAUCCAGACGAUAGCCGACUUUUAUUUGCUUACAAAAGUGAACAUCGAAAGGCAUGCACCAAUUUGAUACAAUUCGACAAAGGUUUCAGCUUUUUCUGCGCCGUAUCGGAUAACAUGCUUGAAAAAAUUACAUAUUUAAACAAUGAGCACCAUGUUAAACUUAUCAGGACGAAAAGUGCAUCGUUAUUCCUGAAAGAGAAUAGUAAUAUCAUCCUUAUUACCAAUGAUACAUCCAGUCGUGCCGGUUUUUAUGAAAUGAAUAUUUUUGACAGUGUUUAUAUGGAACAACUUGCCAAUAAUGACAUCUACAAGAGCAAAGCUCAAGUCAUUAUUGGAUUGCUUGAACCGAAGAAAUACGCUGUCAGUUUCUUGGAAAUUCACAAAAAAAUUUUCGGAAAUACCUCAUUACAAAGGGACCUGUCUCAUUACAUUACAAUGCACCAAACGACAACAGCCAGUCAGACGAAAUGGUACUGUAUCGCGCGGUUUGACGAAAGCGGUUACAUGGAUUUUAAAAGAUACGAAAAGCCGUACUUCGAGGGAUUUAUGCUAAUGUUAUAUAAAAGUAUUGCUAAGUCGAGAAAAAGAAUAAAUAUUUUCAAGGACUCUGUGGCCAGAUAUGGAAUAGCUGAUUAUGAAAUACGCUUCAAUUAUGCUAUCAGAGCAGCGAUACUUAUGAUACCAGUUCUAAGUGUACUUUUAGCAUC